AUGAGUUCUCCAGCGCAGCACGCAGGCCCAUUAGCGUGUGAUGCAUGUCGGGUGAAGAAGCACAAGUGUUCUAGAGAGCGUCCGGCAUGCAGCGCCUGCGUCCAGAACCGCCGGCCAUGCCACUAUAGCGGGCGGGUGACUCGGUCGCCAUUGACCCGGGUGUACCUUACGAGUGUGGAGAAUCGUCUUAGGAAGCUUGAGGGCCUGUUCACGAAGCUGCUUCCCGAUGUCAACCUGGAAGAAGCACUAGCCUCGGCGCAUUCAGACACCUCAUCAAGUCCUCUACCUAGCACUUAUCAAUCAAAAAGCCCUAUUUUCAAUCCUGCCAGGUCACCAGAGACCAUCAAUCAUGGCACCGGAAGCAAAAUAUCCGAAGCCGUACCUCAGGAGUCUGACGGCUUUGACUGGCAAGAGGACUCCAGCGAACUUGCGGAUGGUAUGGCCGCGUUGUCUGUCGAGCCGAGGGGAACUGGCUACUUAGGUUCGACUGCUGGUGUCUUCUUCCUGCGCUCCUUGAUACUAUGGACGGGUCGAUCCACACUGGGAGCUUCUUCUCAUGGCCCCCUUGCCGCAUCACCCAGAUCUGGGGAACAAAACAGUUUGGCAGUUACAGCACUUGAGUCGUUGGUCUCCCGACAAGUGAUGGCUAGCCUUAUUGACUCCUACUUUGCUGUGUAUCAUGUCUCAUACCCUUUUGUUCACGAGGCAACAUUUAGGGCCCAGUUUCACGAAGUCAUACCUCGACCGUCGUCUCGAUCAUGGCAAAUGCUGCUCUCUACUGUGCUUGCUCUCGGUGCAUGGUGUAUGAGCCAUCCGAGUGAAGAAUUGCAUGAUGACCUUUAUCACCAUGCCUUGGCUCUUGGCGAGGGUACAUCCACGUUCGAAAGUGGAAACCUGACGUUUGUGCAAGCACUUAUACUUCUGAGCAAUCUCAGCCAGAAACGAAAUAAACCAAACACAGGCUCAAAUUUUCUUGGUUUAGCCGUCCGAAUGGCCCUUAGUCUGGGCUUACAUCGUGAGCUUCCUGACUGGGAUAUCAGCCUGCUUCAGCGCGAACAAAGAAGGCGAGUCUGGUGGGGUUUGUAUAUGUUCGACAGUGGUGCUUCAACCACAUUCGGUAGACCUAUCCUACUGCCAGGGCUCGAAUCCAUGGAUGUCCGUCCAGUAUUGAACAUCCACGACGAACUGUUGACACCUAGGUCCACGGUCCUCCCAGUCGAGCCUACAACGCCGACAAUCUACUCGGGACUGCAAGCGCAAAGCAGCUUCCACGUCCACACAAACCAUAUAUCAAACCGCCUCCUGAGUGCAACCGGAAUUUCUAAAGAAGAGGCUCUUUCACUCAAUGAAACACUAGAUUUAUGGUCAAAGACAGUGCCUCCUUAUUUCCAGCUCUCGCAGGAACCAGUGUCUCAGGAGCAAUGGUACUUGUUUGCUAGAUCAAAACUUUGGUGGCGCUUCUGGAAUUUAAGAAUUAUCAUGUUCUUGCAAGUCCUCUUGGGACGUUCAAUGGGUGGUAAUUCCAUCUCUUUCCGUUCUGCUACCCAGGGACUUGAUGAGACUUGCAGAAAGAUCUGCGUUGAGGCUGCCCAUCUGAGUAUUGCGACAAUUCAUGGAUAUCUCAGCCAAGUGGUUCCUUCUAGAAUAGAAAGUUGGUACUCAGUAUUCUUCAUCUUUCAUGCCUCUCUGGUGAUGGUUCUGGCUAUCCUGGGAGAUGAUGGUUCUUCCCCCGAUCUAUCAUCAUGGCAAGCAGACAUCGAAACGGUUCGACAUGUUCUUCGACACCUGUUGGUGGAUAAUCGAUUGGCUGAACGGUGCGCCGAUAUACUUGACCGCAUUCACCAAGCCGAGCCGAAUUUUGGCGUUGAUUCCAUGGAGUUCAUGGAACCUGCCUCGUUCGACUUUUCCCACUGGCCUACAGGUGACGGCGAUAUACUAGAAUCCUUUGGCUGGUUAAAUCCUGGUCAAGGGCUAUAG